AUUUCCCCGCCUCCUCCAUUCUUCUCUUCCUGCAACUAGAAGAUUGCUCUAUCUCUUCUUCCUUCUCAAGUCCCGCCCUUUCAGCUACCCGCUCUGGAGAGGAAUCGGUAGCCUAGAAAGGGCCGGCAAAAGCGCCGACGUGUUCAGAGAAGCGGAAGUAGUCAGAUUUCACUGAGAACCGUAAAGUGCGGCUGGCUGUCUCCCUUUCCGGAAAACGACAACAGCUCGGACUGUCAGUGCUGGCCUUCCUCGUGUAAGGGGAUCUGCCUGACCCUUGCUAAUUCAAUUUUUUUUCCCAUUCCGGGCCCUUCCCUAUCAUCGCCCCCUUCACCUUGGAUCAUGUUCAAGAAAUUUGAUGAAAAAGAAAAUGUAUCCAACUGCAUCCAAUUGAAAACCUCAGUUAUAAAGGGUAUUAAGAACCAAUUGAUAGAGCAAUUUCCAGUUAUUGAACCAUGGCUUAAUCAAAUCAUGCCUAAGAAAGAUCCUGUCAAAAUAGUGCGAUGCCAUGAACAUAUAGAAAUCCUUACAGUAAAUGGAGAGUUACUAUUUUUUAGACAAAGAGAAGGGCCUUUUUAUCCAACCCUAAGGUUACUUCACAAAUAUCCUUUUAUCCUGCCACACCAACAGGUUGAUAAAGGAGCCAUCAAAUUUGUACUCAGUGGAGCAAAUAUCAUGUGUCCAGGCUUAACUUCUCCUGGAGCUAAACUUUACCCUGCUGCAGUAGACACGAUUGUUGCAAUCAUGGCAGAAGGGAAACAGCAUGCUCUGUGUGUUGGAGUCAUGAAGAUGUCUGCAGAAGAUAUUGAGAAAGUCAACAAAGGAAUUGGCAUUGAAAAUAUCCAUUAUUUAAAUGAUGGGCUGUGGCAUAUGAAGACAUAUAAAUGAGCCUCAAAAGAAAUGCACUUGGGCUAAAUAUGGAUAUUGUGCUCUAUCUGUGUUUGUGUCUGUGUGUGACAGCAUGAAGAUAAUACCUCUGUGGUUAUGCUGAAUAAAUUCAACAGAUGCUAAAAUUC